AGAGGCGGCGUGAGGUCUGCUCACCAACCGCCUGAUACUCCUCUGAGGCCACCAGCAUUUGUUCCUACACACGGACAGACAGACCCGGCAGACAGCCACACACCUGGACACUCCAUCCGUCCGUCUAUCCACCCAGCUAGCCACCGACUCAGCAGGCCAGCCGCACCGCGCCGCCCACUCAUCUACGCCCUCCUCCCCUCUCUCUCCCUCCUCCCUCUCCUGCCUGGUACAGACGGCCUCGCUACCACCCUGCCACCAGCGACCACCACCAGAGCGGAACAUCUCCAGCACCCGCGGGCUGCUGGUUGUCGGCGGCUGGUAGAGGUGGAUUGCGAGAGACGCCACCGACCCGCUCUUCUCCCCUCAGCGAGGAGGACAUGGCGUCCAACAGCAUCUUCGACUCCUUCAGCAACUACUCCAGCAGUCUUCUCCGAGACCCAACAACUACCAGACGGUUCACGCCGCCAUCGACGUCGUUCCCUUGCAAGAUAGACAACGGCAGCAUGGGCACCCCGGGACCGCUGAGGACCAGACCAGAGGCGCGGUCUGUUGUGGACGUUUUAGCGGACCACGCCGGAGAGCUUGUUCGGACGGACAGCCCAAACUUUCUGUGCUCCGUACUCCCCUCACAUUGGAGAUGCAACAAAACCCUACCUGUGGCUUUCAAGGUGGUCGCCCUUGGUGAUGUUCCUGAUGGAACUUUGGUCACCGUGAUGGCUGGGAACGACGAAAAUUAUUCGGCAGAGCUGAGGAACGCGUCUGCGGUGAUGAAGAACCAGGUGGCCAGAUUCAACGACCUGCGGUUUGUGGGCAGGAGCGGCCGUGGAAAGAGCUUCACCCUUACCAUCACAGUUUUCACUGGACCACCUCAGGUAGCAACCUACCACCGUGCAAUCAAAGUGACAGUGGACGGCCCACGGGAACCUCGACGGCCCAAACACACUGGUGGAGUUCUGCAAAGGCUUGCUCUGGGCCUGGAUGAUGAAGACAUGUAUCAGAUUCCUCUGUUAAGAGGUCACAGAGUGAAAAUGGAGGAUCCUCAGAAGAUGCCCUUCACAGACCGCAUGAGUGAGAUUGAGCGCUUCCAGAGACUCAGGAUGACCAACAAUGGCAACCGCCAAACCCACCAGGGCCACUUCACUUCGUCCACUUCUCAGCUUGGAGCCCUGUGGUCAGAGCAGAUGGACCCCUCAGGAGGCAUGAAGCCCUGUAAGGUGGAGGAGGACCUCCGCUGGACAGGCACCACCGAGCUGUUCCCUCAGAGGUCCUUCCCGGCCUCCCUGUCCCCCCUGCCCCGCUUCCCUGACCCCCACGUCCACUACCCCGGGGCCUUCACCUACUCGGCCAACCCGUCCAGCACAGCCAUCGGUGGCCUGAGCGUCACAGGCAUGUCGUCGGCCCGCUACCACACCUACCUGCCGCCGCCCUACCCAGGCAACCAGAACCAGAGCUCCCACUUCCAGGCCAACUCUUCGCCGUACCACCUGUACUACGGCACCGGCUCGGGCUCGUACCAGUUCUCCAUGGUGCCGGCCGGCGGAGCGGGCAGCGGUGGCGUGUCGGGCGCGGGGGCCGGCGAGCGUUCGCCCACCCGCAUGCUGAGCUCCUGCACCGGGGCGUCGGCAGGCAGCGGCAGCGGCAGCCUGAUGGGCAACCCCAGCCUGAGCAGCCAGAACGACGGAGUGGACGCCGACGGCAGCCACAGCAACUCACCCACCGCCAUGACCGCCUCGGGCCGCAUGGACGAGUCCGUCUGGAGGCCCUACUGAGGGCCCGGGUCUGGGGCAAGACUCGGAGGAAGAGAGGAGGAAGAGAAGAGAAGAAGAAGGAAGAGGAGGUGGAGAACGAGAGAGAGAGAGAGAGAGAGAUUACAUGGUAGUUGAGGGAGGGGUGGAGAAAUGAGUUUGAACGCAGAAGUUAGAUUAUGUAAAUGUUUGAAAGAAAAAAAGCAACCAAAAAAAAAUUGCUGCAUGUUUUGUGUGUCAGUUUGUCUCUUAGCCUUUCCCACUCUGCUUUUUUUUGUGUCGGUUCAAAGUAUCUGAUGGAACAAUUCAUUUGCAUUCUGAGUUGUUUCAAAUACUCAUUAUGUCCUUUGAAAAAAAAAAAACUUUCUGACUCUCCUCUUGACCGAAGAGCAUUGACUCGAUUGGACAGCCACAGCAAAAGAAAGAUGAACUGUAUAUAGAUGGAAAUGGUGCGAGUAACAGCUAUAGUAAUAUAUCCACAACUCUGUUGAGAUGUCUUGAAAAAUAAAAUAACCAAAGACUGCAUCUCCCAAAAUGCUUUGCCUUCCAGGAUCCUCGCAGCAGAACAAUUACCUGUCCUUGUACAUUGACUGUGUUACUUCAGCUGCCAUGGAGGAGCCAUUGAUCUGUCACAUGAAAUGGAACUGUUGCCUCCAUGCCAAUGUUCUGUACCUAUUUUGAUGUAAGGAGAAUAACAUGUCUCUCCAGGAUAAUGCCUCUUCUCCUAUCCUGAAUGCCAGCAGUCCAUAGAAUGCAGAUCAGAUUGCUUGCAAUGCAUUUGAAAUUAAGAUGGCACACACAUCGGUAACAGCACACAGUUUUCUGUAUCUUAGUCACCGGGUAUCCUUUUGUUCUUGUCCCACAUGCAGCACAGUAAUAUGUAACAUAAGAAUAUUCUAAGAGCGCAGCCACUUUUACAAGACGGGUUCAAUAGACACUCCUAAGUAUUUAAGAACCUGAGAGAAAGAGUGUAGCCUUUGUGGAUUUUUUCCCAGAAGUAUGGAGAAUUUAUGGCCCACGGAUAUUAAUAAUCAACAUUUUUCAGAUUUCAGAUUUGCUGUUUCGGUAUCACAAGUUCUACUAUUUGUCAUGUUUAUUUUCAACUGAAUAAUGUGGGAUUUUUUUUAUUUAUUUGAGCCAAUUAUUGUGUUCCUGUGUGUUUCUGGGUCAUUUUUUCCUGAUUUACUUUUUUCUCCUUUUUUCUUUAUUUUCAUUUAAUAUAAAGUUUUGCUACUGUAAUAUAUUACUUUAAAUUAUAAAAAACAUGUUUUUAAUGUAAUGUUAUUUUCUGAUUUAGCUUUGAUGCACUAAAAGUGUUAUUUAAAAAAAAGAAAAAAAAUAGGUCAUUGUGAACCACAAAAUAGCAAUUUCCAAGCUUUCUUCGCUAGCCAAGCCUAAGUGUAUAACCACAAACUUCCCAGAAAUCCUAGCACCAUGCCCUGACCUUACUUCUCUUAAUAGAAAGCAGCCACAUUGUGGGAUGAUGCAAAACUGACCACACUUUCCUGUCCCACUUUCCGUGUUCAAGAGUCCUGCAUUGACUGCCCCGGCCUUGUUGGUCGACGCUAUCUUACGAAAACACACAUCGCUGUUCAAAAGUAGCUCACAGCACAUACUGUACAUCCCCAGUUGCCUUUUUAUUAUUUUCCAUUGGAGCUUUUGAAACUCCAGACGAUAAUUGGUUGUAUUGAAAAAAAGUAGCAAAUCACCACAAUGGGAAGGAUAAAGUGGACAAGUGACACACAUGCACAGGGACUAAAUGCACUCCAGGUGUGAAUGGGAACAGCCCCCCCUCCCUCCAUCACUCCUGAUGCCUUUCCCAUGCCCAUGUUCCAACACACCUGAUCCCUGUGCCUGGGGGGUAGGGGUGGCAAAGGACUGAAGAUAGCACACAGUGAGAGAGAGAGAGAGAGAGAGAGAGAGAGUGAGUGUGUGUGUGUGUGGUGUGGUGUGUGUAUGUGGUGUGGUGUGUGUGUGUUUAUGGUGUGUCUAAGGAGUAAGGUAUUAGAGACACACAUAUCUGCUUACAUGCAGCCGGGUGCCACAGGGCAACCUCCUGGCCAAACGCAUGCCCACUGCAGGGGCCUCUGUCUGUUUUUGAUUUGUUGGGCCCUUUGAUGCCAUUAUUGAGGCUGAUUACCCCCUUCUACCCCAUUGUAGUUUGCACAUAACUAAUGACAGGGGGGCAAAGAGGGCCAUGCUGUAACUGAUGAACAGAUGAGAGGGUCUGAGGGAGCAAGGGAGCUCAGCACUCGGGACAUGAAGUCAGGUCUCAUGCGUUACAGGCCUGCCAGAGGGAAGGGCGUGGGUCCUGGGACAGGAUGAGAGGGGAGAGGAGUACAGGUGUCCUCCAGGAGAACCUUUGUCACAGGACAUCCAUCAUGAGUAAAGCUCAAACAAGGACCGGCUCUAGUUCCCACUCCUAAAUCACUGUGUAAAUAGUAAAUAUGAGAAAAGUCUACUAGACAAUCAAACGUUCUUAGCGGUUUGCCAUCAGAUCAUCCUCAAUUUCUCUCAAUCCAUCAGGCGGAAACAAUCUUAUUUAAUAGGGAUUAGAAGACUUGUGCUUUGUAACAAUCACUUACUGUGCUUGUACUUUUUGCCAUCUGUGCUGUAAUGAAGUGAAGGCAAAUGGAGAAGCCAUGUCAAAGGCCAUGUUGCACAACAAUAGAUCCAAAGGUUGGGUGUAAUUAUUUAUUUUCUAUUGAAACUUUCUGGUAAACCUUGCAUUAUAUGCUUGCUGAGAUGCAACAGGUCUGAAUUUUGAGAUGUCUUGGUUCCAACAUGGCAUCCUGUGAAGCUUAGCUUAUGAGGACAAGAAGCACAACUAGAUUCUAACUGUAUCACAUGUGGGACAAAAAAGCACAAUGGGUUCUUCUGAAAGAACAUGUCCUCCCUUUCAUCCAAUGUACAUUGUAAUUUUGUCAAUGCUUAUGUUAUGUGCAAAUAAUGUAGUUUUGUUUUGAUGCAUUUUAAUUAAAAAAACUCACAAAUU